CACAGGGCCUGACAGAUCAAACCAGGUAGGGCUCCAGAGCAAAGGCACAUGCAUACUGCCUGCACACAUAGCCAGCUACAAGCACGUGCUGAUUUCACACACUGAAAUUCAAGUUAGCGUAAGAGGUAGUGACUGAAAGCAAUAGCAGUUCUGCUGCUAUAGAACCUUCUCCCUUAAAAGAAGAAGGCACUAAAGUCAGAACUCUUCAACUGCUGUUGAAUAAUCCAUCAGAAAAGCAUCAAAAUCAUGAAUGGGCCGGUGGAUGGCUUAUGUGAUCACACGCUGGAUGAUGAAGGAGCUUUCAUGUUCACAUCAGAGUCUGUAGGAGAAGGACAUCCAGAUAAAAUCUGCGAUCAAAUCAGUGAUGCUGUGCUAGACGCCCACCUCAAACAGGACCCAAAUGCCAAGGUUGCUUGUGAGACGGUGUGCAAGACAGGGAUGGUGUUGCUCUGUGGGGAGAUCACAUCUCUUGCUAUUGUGGAUUAUCAGCGAGUUGUCCGAGAUGCAAUUAGACAUAUUGGCUAUGACGAUUCAGCUAAAGGCUUUGACUACAAGACUUGUAAUGUUUUAGUGGCACUGGAACAGCAGUCACCUGAUAUUGCCCAGGGUGUUCAUCUACACAGGAAUGAAGAGGAUGUUGGUGCUGGAGAUCAGGGUUUGAUGUUUGGCUAUGCAACAGAUGAGACAGAAGAAUGUAUGCCUCUAACGAUUAUUCUUGCUCAUAAACUGAAUGCCAAGCUAGCAGAGUUGAGACGCACUGGAGAACUUCCUUGGCUGAGACCUGACUCUAAGACACAGGUCACUGUUCAGUAUAUCCAAGAGAAUGGAGCAGUCAUCCCAGUGCGUGUUCACACCAUUGUGAUAUCUGUUCAGCACGACGAAUCCAUUUCUCUGGAGACUAUGCGCAAAACCCUAAAGGACAGCGUGAUUAAAGCUGUUGUUCCUGCAAAAUACUUGGAUGAGAAGACUAUUUAUCACCUUCAGCCUAGUGGACGUUUUGUUAUUGGAGGGCCUCAGGGUGAUGCUGGUGUUACUGGUCGGAAGAUCAUUGUGGAUACUUACGGCGGAUGGGGAGCCCACGGAGGUGGAGCCUUCUCUGGCAAGGACUAUACCAAAGUGGACCGCUCGGCAGCAUACGCAGCCCGCUGGGUGGCCAAAUCCCUCGUGAAGGCUGGGCUCUGUCGCCGUGUUCUGGUUCAGGUUUCUUACGCCAUUGGAGUAGCUCAGCCGCUGUCCAUUUCACUAUUCACUUAUGGAACAUCCCAAAAAACAGAGAAGGAGCUCCUGGACAUCGUGCGCAAAAAUUUCGACCUUCGGCCCGGAGUCAUUGUCAGGGAUUUGGACCUAAAAAAGCCCAUUUAUCAAAAGACUGCAUGUUAUGGUCACUUUGGAAGAAAGGAAUUCUCAUGGGAGAUACCAAAGAAACUUGUAUUUUGACAAUAACAGUCUACCUUUAAAACAGAAGGAAAG